AGUUGUGCAGUGCAAUAUAAUAUUGGGGACUGGUUUGCGUCCCAUAGUAAUGGAUUGGGGUAUUCCCUGCAAUUUUCCCUAAAUUUUCAGUUGUCUUCAUCAACGUCUUCAUGUACAAUCCUGCCUUGGAAAAGCAAAAAAAUAGGAUAUAUUGUUAAACCAGAGUGUUGUAUAUUCCUUGAAACUGGUCCAUCAAGUUAAGGUGAUGACUGAUCAUUCAAAACCGUCUUGCUUGGUGGUUUGUAGUAGCCAUAAAGAAGGAGUAUGUGCUCAAUCCUUCAUACAUGCAUUUACACUCACAAACUCUGCUUUUACUCUAGCAAUUGCAACACCACAGGGUAUUCCAAUCGAUUUUGUCAAUGUUCAUGAAACAAACAGAAAAUGGAUCACAGAUUUCAGAACCAAAAGCUAUGCGUCUCCAUUAAAGCUGGAAUCAGUUGAUCCUUCAAGAUUUGCUGCCCUCCUGAUACCAAGCUCGCCUGGAGCGCAGUUUGAUCUGGCUUCCCAUGAUACAAUGAUGCAUGUGAUAAGACACUUUAUGAAUGAAAAAAAGCCGAUAUGUGCAGUUGGUUUUGGGACAGUGGCAUUAGCAGCAGGCAAGCUUAAUAACACUGGUUGGUGUUGUGAAGGCUACAGUCUAACUGGUCCAUCUGUAUAUGAAAUGAUACAACUUAAGAAUUUUAUGACACUGCCUCUUGUGUUUGAAGAUUUUGCGAAAGAUAACUUUGCAUCAUAUACAGCUAGUAUAGCGGAUGGUGUACACGUGGUCAUUGAUAGACAUUUAAUCACAGGCCAGAAUUCUCAAUCUACAUUAACUGCUGUUCAAAAUUUAAUCUUAGCUUGUAAUGCUAUUUGAAAAACGAUCAACUUUAAAUGUAUGUGCCUCUUCAAUAUAUAUUAACGGUCAUUUAAACUGUAUCGAAAAAAUGAAUUUCACCUAUAAAAUUGUAAUAAUUUUCAAGAAGCAUAUAAAGUGAUUAACUAAUGUUCUACCUUAAAUUUUCCAACUUUUAGUAUGUGUCAAACAAGCCAUUUUUAAUAUCAAUGUGUAUGUCAUUUUUCUUCAUUUCAUUUUGAUCCGAGAGUUAUGUGCAAUUGCUUUCGCAUAUGUAUAUUGUUGCGUAUAUUUUAUUAAUUUCAUGUCUAGGAGGUUUCUGGAUAACAUGACCUUUCCAAAAGGCUGCAGUUGCCAAGCUUUGAAACAUAUUUAGGUAUGAUUUCAAUUUCGAUGGUCUUCAUUAAAAAGGAAUAUAUAACACCGUCA